AUGGAUGAUGACCAACUUCGAGAAUUGUUCACCUCUUUAGCGGUCUUAGCCCAGCAAGGACCAAUUCCAGUGCAGGCUUACAGUGUUUUGGUGCAUAAUCAUUCACCAGAGGCGCUAGCAGAGCAGUUGCAUCAAAAAUGGUUAGCGGACGGUCGAUUCGCCCCAAUUGCCUCGAAUAUUGUGCUGCACGUCAGAAAGACGAAUUCGUCCGGAAUGGCGUUAUCAUCAUGUGUCCUUGCUUUGCUGUUGAACGAUUAUCGAAAUCGACUGGAAGUAAGGAAUCGUUCAAGACUCAUGUUCAGAAACAGUGUGAAGUGUAUAUUUGAAAUGUACGUGGUAUUCCUUCAAAUAGACUCUUGUGUAGCAAAAUGUCUAGUGAAGCCAAUGUUCAAAUGUUUAGACAUAUUAAUAGACGAUAAUUCGGACUCCGAAGAUUUCUUGGCCAUGGGCGUACUGAUGACUGAUCAUGGAUCUGUAUUGAACAACUUGAAUUCCUAUUUGGUUGAUAAACUGAUUGUAAAAAUGCGAUCAAAGAUCUGUUCGGAUGAUGAACAAAUGAACGGAUAUAUCAGACGGAUAUUCCUACAUGUUCUGGAUCUUUGGGCGUUUGGAUGGAAUGAGCUCACAAUACCAGAAAGCUUGACUAUGGAUUAUCACGACAGCGAAUCUGAAGAGAACUUCGCACCGGGACGAAAGAAAAAUGUUGUAAAGAAGGAAUUUGAUCGCCACUGUCGCACCUUGAUUCCAACCGCUGUCUCCACAGCACCGCUUCGAGUGCAGCCGCUUGCGCAGUUGUCUGUGCUUCAUGUCGUUUUGACUCGACCAUACUUUGACUGCAAUGAGGAUGGAGCUUGUAUCAAAGUCCAAAGAAGAAUUUUGCAAAUGGGUCCUGGAUUGCUAGGGAAGAAGCGACAAUGUCCCAACUGCGAAACUCCCUGUUACGUCACGAACCAGACGAACGCGAAUUGCGAAGAUGAGUACUGGAAGUUUGGACGUUGCAAAUGCUAG